UUGAAAAUUUUCUUUAUGUUAGAGGUUGGGUUAGCAUUAUUGAGGAACUUUCUUUGUCCGUCAACUAAAUCAAAGUUGAAGAGGUUAGAGAGUGGGAAGGCAUCGAGACUUGCUAAGAGAGUAAUAGCAUGUCUUGACGUCAGGGCAAAUGAUUCAGGCGAUCUUGUUGUUACUAAAGGUGAUCAAUAUGAUGUACGUGAGCAUACAGAUGAAAAUGAGGUUAGAAACCUUGGCAAGCCAGUGGAGCUUGCUGGUCAAUACUACAGUGAUGGAGCUGAUGAGGUUACUUUCCUUAACAUAACAGGAUUUCGUGAUUUUCCUUUGGGAGAUUUGCCAAUGCUUCAGGUACUGCGCUACACAUCAGAAAAUGUCUUUGUACCAUUGGCAGUUGGUGGUGGUAUAAGGGACUUCACAGAUGCAAAUGGAAGGUACUAUUCAUGUUUGGAGGUAGCAUCAGAAUAUUUCAGAUCAGGAGCAGAUAAAAUUUCAAUUGGAAGUGAUGCUGUCUAUGCUGCAGAAACCUAUUUGAAAACUGGCGUCAAGACUGGACAAAGCAGCAUAGAGCAAAUUUCUACAGUUUAUGGCAAGCAGGCUGUGGUAGUAAGCAUAGAUCCUCGCAGGUUAUAUGUCAAGAGUCCUGAGGAAGUUGAAUUUAAGACUGUAAAACUUAGGAGUCCAGGCCCACAUGGAGAAUAUUAUGUAUGGUAUCAGUGCACGAUCAAUGGUGGACGUGAAGGUCGACCCAUCGGAGCUUAUGAGCUUGCAAAAGCUGUAGAAGAGCUUGGAGCUGGAGAAAUAUUACUCAAUUGCAUUGACUGUGAUGGUCAAGGACAGGGUUUUGACAUAGACCUAAUCAGACUGAUUACUGAUGCUGUUAGUAUUCCUGUAAUUGCAAGCAGUGGUGCUGGUGCUGUUGAGCACUUCUCUGAAGUGUUUCAGAAGACAAGUGCUUCAGCUGCUCUUGCAGCUGGCAUUUUCCAUCGCAGAGAGGUUCCUAUUUUAUCCGUCAAAAAGCAUUUGCUAGAGAAUGGCAUAGAAGUCAGGUCGUGAUGAGGUUUGGGCAGCACUGCAAAUCUCUCUUUGGAACGAGGGAUUCAUAGUUUAUUAUUCUGUUCUUUUUUUAUAUUUUGGGAUGUUUAAAUACCAAUUUAAAUAUGUUGGUGAUAAAGUUAUUAUUAUGAAAAUUAUAUUAUUCCAUUAUAUAUUAUAUUUUUGGU